AUGUCCUGGUCUCAGGCUCCCGAUGCGGUAGGGGUACUAUCUAGAUGGUAUCCAGAGACCGGCCAAGCAGGUGAGCAGCUGAUCAUCCGGAGCCAUCAGACGGUAUAUGUCGGUAGAGACUCGGAUAGAUGCCAUCUCGUCGUGGAUGCUACGUUUAUUUCUCGUCAACACCUCCGCAUCUACACCGUCCUGUUCGACCAUGAGAACCCUGGAACUAUCUUGCCAUUGGUUUACGCUGAGAAUAUCUCGGUAAAUGGGGCCUUGUGGAAUAUCUACCCCAUGGCAGGCAAGGGUGGGUUUCUCCUCAGUGAUGGCGAUAUACUCCAGCUGCCGAGGAGUAUAUUUCUCAAGUUCAGUUAUCCGAUGCAUAUGCAAGAACGCCUAGGUGUCAUCAUGACAAAAGAGAUUAAAGUGUAUAUGGCCUACAACUCGAUUAGUGGUCAGCAGCUUGCUUGCAAGGUUAUAAACCUUCGACCUCUGAGAGAAAAGAUAUUUAGGGGAUCAUGGACAGGUGAUAAUGAUGACGACAAUGGCGAUACAACUGUCUUGCGAAAAGCCAAACUCUUCAGUGUGAAGUACGGGAAGAAGCUACGAAAGCCUGACCGUGAAGCAAAGCUUAAGAAAAGAUUGGAAGUUUUCGGCCGCGAGGCCCUAAUACUGAAAGAUCUAUGCCAUCCCAACAUUAUCAGCCUCGAAAAAGUGAUACAAACUAAUUUCCAUAUCUAUCUCUUUCAGGAGCUGGUACCUGGUGGAGAUCUGUUCUCUUAUAUCCAGUACAAAGGGGGAAUGCUGACCAACAUGGAGGCUGCAGUCAUAAUCAGGCAGCUGCUGAUGGCUUUGGAUUACUUGCAUGGUCAGGAUAUUGUUCAUCGGGACCUGAAACCAGACAAUAUACUCAUGACAUCCUUGGAGGACGGAUGCAGGGUUGUGCUUUCUGACUUUGGGUGCGCCACCCGGAACCCUGGACGAAUGUCGACAAUGGUUGGCACAUUCGAAUAUAGUGCUCCAGAAGUCAUAAAUCCUAGUCAAGAGGGUUAUACGAAAGCUGCAGACAUGUGGUCGCUAGGUUGCGUAACAGCAGUCUUACUCACAGGUAGUACUUCGUGUGAUGGCUCAAUGGCCACGUACGCGAUUGACUUGGCUAAAAUUGGUGGGUAUGAGAAGUUGGAAGCGAGUCUUACCAGACAGUUUGCGCAUCCUCGAGCAAAGGAUUUCAUUCAACGCCUCCUCAAAAUUGUUGCAGAAGAACGCAUGACUGCCAACCAAGGGUUGCAACAUGCGUGGUUCAGCAAUCCAAUUCAUUCGGCCGAAUUUCGAGAGCUUUACUGUCGAUCAAUCAGAGAUUGGACUCCAUGCUCUCCCCAAGCGCCGAUAAUUGUGGACAUCACCAGCUUGAAUUGCUUCAAUGACCAAACGCUUGCUCGGGAAGCAGCGACACAUGGCCCAACAUCAAACAAGACAAGGAGCCCCAGCUCAUCACUCGAAGGUCUCUCCAGUCACGAGAUUGCUUCUCCCACUUUGUCGGAUCUCAACUUACCUCCACUCACAGUCUGA